UACGAGUAUGUCCCUAUAUUACAGUAUUAGUAUUGUGCAGUUCCUACAAUCAUCCUCAAAAUGAAUAUUCAAUUAUUUGUGUCAGUAUUAUAUAUUUUAUUGAAAUUAACAGUCGAUGUGGAGUGUUUACACGAAGCACAUAUUAGUAACCUAGAAAUAACGAAUGGACGAAAUAUUGUCGCUUUACAUCGAGUGAAAAGAGAAUUUUUAGGAAAAAAUGUGCUAAGCAAAUCAGCAAGGGUACAAAGCCGUGAUCCAACGAUAAUUGUGACACCGAAUGGAGGUGUACCAAAUACGUAUAGAGGAUUACCAUACUCAAAUAUGCCAUAUACGAAUACAGUAAAUAGAGGACCGACUGUUGUUAUAAUACCAGAAGACAGUGGUAUAUCGCGCGGUUCAUAUUACGGAGUACCUACAAAUGUCAGAAUCUAAAAGGCGUUAUAGAAAUUUACUUAAUCAAAAUAAUUCUAGAAUGUUCUACAAACUGUCUACAAUACUUGAUAGUACACAUUUACCGUAAAUUUAUUCACUGUAUAAAUAUAAACUAGAAUUAUU